CCGCUCUGGGAACGUUCAUCAGGAUUCUAUACGUCGAAAUAUCUCUGUGUGCCCUGGAAAUUUCUAGAACUCUGAUGGCUUAGUUUUCUUCUUGGACAGAUGAGUUUCUCAACCUUAUGCAGUUAUUUAUGGUGCAUGUGUGAGUUAUUAAUAUUUAAACAGCUUUGAAAUGAAACCUUCAUACUUAAGUAGUGAUAGAAGAGUGAAAUUUCUGUCAGGUGUACGGUUUGUUUUACUCUGUGCCGAAUGUGGAUUAUAUACAAAUCCGCUGUUAGUGUAAUAACUUUGCGAUUAUUAUUUAUAUAUAUUCUAUCUAUUAUAUCCAUGACUUUAAAAAUCUUCACAUUUUUGUUCAUUUGUUCACAUGGACUGUACUUCAAUAUUUAUGACAUCUGUGUCGUUGUUGUUGUUGCUUUUUGCAUCUGUUUCUUUAUUUGACUUUAACAUUAGAAUGAACAAUAAAGAUAAGAUUGUGGUCUAAUGUGGACCCUGAGGAAAAGCAGAUUGUCGUGUGUUUGAUUUUAACCUUUACACAUCACCGAUGAUCACGUGUGACCCAGAACAGAAAGUGACUGUUGCCUAGUUUAUCUUAUCUUUUGACAGCUAGUCAGUCAGAGCUCUCCAUUGUUAAAAGUACCCGAGGGACUUUGGGUUUUUUCCUGUUUUACAUGUGUUUUAAAUAACUUCUUAUUUAAAUGGAGAUUCCAGAGGUCAAAACGACCUUUAUCGACGCAUGGACCUGCAACCAUCACAUCACAGUCCGGUGUAGGCUGGACAGGAGUAGAUGAUUUUGUUGGACGUUGGAGGAAGUUCUUGAUUAUUGCAGAAGUUACUACACCGAUCUCUUUUGCAUGACUUAUCUUGGCUGAAGACGCAACCGUGCAAACCAGUGACCGGACACACGAGUGGACUCUGAAAAAGCAGGGCUGAAAAAGUGAAACCAAUAUUUCUCUGCUUCCCUCUAGUGUCUGACUGCAGUACGAUAUUUUAUCAGCGAUCAUUGCAGAAACCAGAAUUGACCUCUAUACAUGUAAAAAAUAUAUAAUAUAAGGAAAUAACGAUCGGAGGCAGAAAGAGUUUGUGUUUUGAAUGAUAUACACUUCAGUGGAAAAUUAGGUUGAGGUGGUGGGUGUUGUUUCCCAGCUCUAUUCCUAUGUGAAAGUGAAAAGUGACGUGACGUGACAUACGGCUAAGUACGGUGAUCCAUACUCAGAAUUCAUUCUCUGCAUUUAACCCAUCCAAUGUGCACACACACAGCAGUGAACACACACACCCGGAGCAGUGGGCAGCCAUUUAUGCUGCGGCGCCCGGGGAGCAGUUGGGAGGUUCGGUGCCUUGCUCAAGGGCACCUCAGUCGUGGUAUUGCUGGGCCGAGACUCGAACCCACAACCUUCGGGUUACGAGUCAAAAUCUCUAACCAUUAGGCCACGACUUCCCAUAUGUGAUGUUGUGGUUGAGGACCUGAAUGUCCUGUGGGAAGAAUCUCCUCCACGUUCUCUGUAUGUGUGCCUUCAGGGAGCAGAAUCGCUUUCUUGACCACAACAGAGUGAUGAAUCCAUUGUUCAGAUGUCUGAGGUCCUCGACUAUCUUCCUGGCCUUGGUGCAGUAAAGCUUGUUGGUCAGGGAGCUCAGUGUGGAUGGUGCUGUGAGCUGAUCGCACCACCCUAUCAUGCUUGCUGCUGUUCCCAAACCUGUUGAGGACAGUUGAAAGUGAAACUGGGUCGAAACUGUACGCUGUCUCGACUUAGGGGCGUCUCGUUCAUCCAGCAUGGAUCCAGAGUUAAAAACGAGCAACAGGUGAGUGGAAUGUAAAUGUGGGGUUUUCUGUCCUAUCUGAUAAGAGCUGUGGUAAAAAGGACCAAGAGGAUAAAGUAAGGCUUAAGGUACAAAGAAUGAACCUUAAAGUAACAAAGUGUUCCAAGGAAUAUUAAAAUUUUAGUCAAACAUCAAGAAUCUCAGCACAUUUGCAUUGGUUAAGAAUGGCUGUUCGAGACAACACAAACAAAUGCAGGAACAAAACAAACUAACUAAGAAAUGUUUUAGUUUUACUGGCUUUAGCUAAAGGAACACAACUGCAAACAAAGCACAUUUUCCAUUUAUCCCACUGAGCCAUUGCAGGUUGAUGGUCUUACUCGAGGGCAGAGAGGAUUGAACCUGUGGGAUUGUAGGAUGUGGUACAGUAGCUUAUCCAGAGUGACUUACAUUUUUAUUUCAGUUUAUACACCUGAGCAAUUGAGGGUUAAGGGCCUUGCUCAGGGGCCCUGCAGUGACAACUUGGUGGACCUGGGAUUUGAACCAAUAACCUUCCGAUCAGUAGUCGAACACCUUAAGCACUGAGCUACCACAUCCCACCAUGGUUAAGGUGUUGGGCUACCAAUCGGAAGGGUGUGAGUUCGAUUCCUACGUCCACCAAGCUGGCACUGCUGGGCCCCUGAGCAAGGCCCUUAACCCUCAGUUGCUCAGUUGCUAUAAAAAUGAGAUAAAAUGUAAGUCACUAUGGAUAAGUGCGUCUGCUAAAUGCUGUAAAUAUAAAUGAACCUUCGGAGCCGCAAUUUACCCACGAACCUCCACUGCUCUAGGGAUCUCCAUACAGAUCGGGGUUUCUGUAAAUCGGCUUCAUGACAAAGUUUGUUGUGCUUUGAGUCUUUAUGUCAGUAAUGGUGUAUACAGUACGUAGCAAGCACAGUAAGAAAGAUGCUCCCUGAAAGUACUAUAAAUGAAAAUACGUAGAUUGUUUUGCAUGUGUUGUAAAUUGUUUCUGAGGACAUCUGGUUCGAACGCAAAUAAACACCAAAGCCAAGCAGAUUGUAGCAGAGAUGAAGUCGUCCCUUGUCUUGUUUCUCCUGCUUUGUAGCAUGGCUGGGUGUCAGAGAAGAGAAUAUGUCUACAUCGACAAAAAAAUGACCUGGUUUUCAGCUCAGAGCUACUGCAGGGAAAACUACGUGGAUCUGGCAACCGUCACUUCUGACGAGGAGAACCAGAGACUGGUUUUGAAAGCAUCUUCGUUAAGUUUUGCAGCAUGGAUCGGGCUGAACAAGACGGUACCCAACGGAAAUGUCUGGCAAUGGUCUGAUGGAGAAACACCUAAUAACUUCAUGUGGGUGAAGAACCAGCCUGAUAACUAUAAUCAUGAGGAGGACUGUGUUAUGAUUAUCUUAGAUGGCUGGAACGAUGUGAAAUGUGUCACAUAUUGGCCAUUCUUUUGCUACUGGAGAUUUGUUUUGGUGAAGGAGUACAUGACAUGGAAGGAAGCUCUCGAUUACUGCAGAACUUACUACACCGGCUUGGCCAGCCCCAUCUCUGAAAAUCAACUUUCCCUGGCUAGAACCGCGACAACUGGAACCCAAAACGUCAGCAUCUGGACCGGCCUGAGAUUCGUGAAUGGACGGUGGGUCUCUGUGAGCAGUACGCCGUUGGGAAACCUGGUCUCGCUGCCCUCGUGCCCAGUACCACGCUACCGCUGUGGAGCUCGCAACACCAACACAAAUCUCUGGGAGAACAGAGACUGUGACGAGAAGCUAAAUUUCCUCUGCUACUGACGGUGGUAAGUGGAAAGGCCUCCUUCAAGAAGAACGCAUGCCCGAGGCUGUGAAAUAAUAUAAACCUAGAUGUGUAGCAUAAAAUAAUUUUCCUAUUUCAGUAGCGUUGAAGUAAAAUAAUGGUGUGGAGGGAAACGGGAUUUAAUAAUGAUCUUCUUAGAUACUUGUACAAACACCUUUGUGUGCCGGAAACAUUAGCGUGAAAUUGUUUUCCUUUUAAAUUGUUGGUUUCAGUGUUGGUGAUGUUUUGAAUGGCAUUGACAACCAAAUGCUAAGGUGCUGAAACCUGACCGUGACAUCAACCAAUACUCUGACACGCCAAGCUUAUAUCCUUUCUAUUUUACACUUGUCUAGUGAGAAAAACGCUCGUGUGUGUUUGUAGUUGUGUGAGAACGACUUAAUUUCAACGCAAACGUUAAUUCUAUUAUGUACGUAAACAAUUCAAGUUUCAAUUUUCAAGUUUAUUUGUAUAGCGCUUUUUACAAUGGACAUUGUCUCAAAGCAUCUUUACAGAACGUAAACAUAGAGCAGAAGGUAAACAUAAGGAGAAGUAUAAAGAAUUAGUAUAAUAAAAAAAACAGAAAUCAUAUAUAUUUUAGACAAUAUAGGAGGCAUUUUAGUUGUUUUCCAACUUUACUGCGAAUGUAACACAUGCUGUAUAUGUAUGAAAUAAAAACGUCACUAAA